AUGGACGAGAAACUUAAAAAUAUAAUAUGGUUGUCGAUAAGUGCCAUGGUUAUGUUUACCGGGUACUUUACCAUGGCUGGUACGAGCGAGACGAUUAUCAGAGCAUAUAAUGAGAGGACGGGAGAUAAUGUGAGCAGCUUCUUGAGUUUUGGAAUUCUCAGCGUGGCGAAUGCAAUUGGCUGCUUUUUCGUUUCUCCUGUUGUAGCAAUGAUAGGUCGAAAAAACACUUAUUUCAUCGGUGGUCUUCUUCAAACUGCGUACAUUGCCACCUACAUCAGUCCUCAACCCAUCCUCCUUUACAUCAUGUCUGUCAUUGGCGGAUUCGGAGCCGCAUUCAUCUGGGUCGUGACUGGAAUCACCCUCGGCGUCAAUUCCACCGAAACAACCGGCCAUCGAAACACCUGCUUUUUCUGGAUCGGGCUUCAGUCUGGAAAUCUCUUUGGCAACUUCUACGUCUUCUUUGCUUGGGGAGGAGCGGAUGAGAUUUCCAAGUCGAUGCAAAUCUCUACAAUUGCGAUCGCCGCUGGAAUCAGUCUUCUUGGCUCAUUUUUGACGCUGAUGAUAAAAGAGAUUCAAUCGGACGAGGAUGAAAUGAAACCAAUGGAAAAAAUUAAAGCAGCUUUCAAAACCGGGAAAGAUAUUCGAGCCCAGCUGAUCAUUCCUGCAGCGAUUUUCGGCGGAAUCGAGCAAGGCUUUGUAACGAAUAUUUACCCCACUUGUGUUGGCGCUUCAAAAUCACUCGGUUCUGAUUCUCCUCAUUUCAUCGGCAUUUCUUCCAUCAUCGUCGGCGUCGGAGAAGUAACCGGUGCUUUCUUCCAACUCAGCCAUCGAGUGCAGAAUCUAAGGGCGUACCUGUAUCUCGUCGCUGGAGGACUGUUCUUUUUGGGCAACACUUUGAUAUUCUUGUUCAUGCCAAAUGAUUGCACGAAUUCUAGCGCUUAUGAAAAUCCGCUGGUUGAUCCGACAAUUGGAAUAAUUUUAACUUGCUCGUUUUUGUUUGGAAUCACAGACAGCAUUUUCAGUAUGCUCCCCGAAGCUGCUAUUGCGACGAUGUUUUCUACCGGCUCUGAAACAACUGGUGGUAUGACUGUUUGGAAUGUUAACUAUGGUCUUGCACAGACUGCGAUGUUCUACUACACUGGUUACGUAACACUCUACAAUCAACUUUUGAUACAGUUGUCGAUGAUGGUUCUGGCGUUACUGGCCUUUUCAAAACUUGAUCUUAGACUUCUACGAUUUUCAAAAACUCCUGAAACCUAA